CUAUGAUCCGGAGUGUCUAUAGCCGAGCGCCAGGUCUUUCCGUGUCAACCACGCUGUGUGGAGCUUCGAAAUAUGUCUUCUUCGUUCUGCGGCCAUGUGAACGAUUUGUUGUAAUCGAUUCAUCUGAUUAUUUCGUUUUUUAUCGUGCUGCAUGAUGUAUGCACUAGCAUAAAUCAAACCGUCACAAGUUGAGCAACGAUGCUUGGGAGGAAAGGGAGGACCGUCCGAUGAGUUCAGAGCAGUGCUAGGGGCGGCAGCUUAAAGCGGGAGAUCAAACCGGGUUCGGACGACGGUGAACAAGGCCAAGGGGAUAUAACAUCGAAAACCCGCAAAGAUCAACACGGCAUGGUCACCACAAAGGUACCAGGCUUGAACCCCAACGCCAAAGUCUGGCAGGAGAUCCCGGCCCAACAGAGCCAAGUCCUAGAGGAGGUCAUAGAGAGCCACCACUGCCUCCAGAUGAUCCCUGCUCUUGCGGAUGAUGUCACCGAGGGUUGUUCUGAGGUCCCACCUAAGGUUAGCAGCACAGAGUACACUGACCCGUCCUUUGCCAGCAGUGCCCCUGCACCCAUUGUGGGCAUUAACGGAAUGGGCCCCCCUCAACUGGGAUGCCCUCUUGAUGAUCCGGUGAUAGGGUCAUCAGUGGAGGGGGUGUCAGUGGAGCAGCCCUUCUCUGAGGACAGGCUGAAAGAGUCUCUGAAGAAACAGCUGGAGUUCUGCUUCUCCAGAGAGAAUCUGUCCAAGGACCUUUAUCUGAUGUCCCAGAUGGACAGUGAUCAGUUUGUCCCCAUCUGGACCGUGGCCAGCAUGGAAGGCAUCAAGGUCCUCACCACUGAUAUGGACCUCAUCCUGGAGGUGCUCAGAGCCUCAUCCAUGGUUCAGGUGGAUGAGAGUGGGGAGAAGGUCCGGCCCAAUCAUAAGCGCUGCAUCAUCAUUCUAAGGGAGGUGCCCGAGACCACACCUGUAGAGGAAGUGGAGAACCUCUUUAAGAAUGAAAACUGUCCCAAAGUAAUUGGUGUUGAAUUUGCGGCCAACAACAACUGGUACAUCACAUUCCACUCGGACACUGACGCACAGCAGGCCCACAGAUAUCUAAGGGAAGAAGUGAGAACCUUUCAGGGAAAACCCAUCAUGGCUCGUAUCAAGGCUGUCAACACAUUCUUUGCCAAGAAUGGGUACCGUAACUCCAGUGUUUACAGCCAGCCGGGCCAGUCUCCGUACACCUCCCCAGGCAUCUACAUGCAGCAGGUGUACCGGCCCCAGCAGCAGUAUCCCCUGUACCCCGUGGUACCCCCCACCUGGAGCCCGUCACCCGCUCCCUACUUUGAAACCCCACUGGCCCCUUUCCCCAACGGUUUUGUGAAUGGCUUCAGGACUCCUGGGAACUUCAAGCCUGGCUCUGGUCCCCCGGGUCUUGGUCGACUGGCCUUCAACAGAAACCGGAGCCCUGUGAAGAGCUACCCCCGGCCAUGUGAAGAGGCUCCCUCGUUAUCCCCUGUAGGCCUGCAGGUGGACGGCCAGUCUGGCCACUCAAGCCCUCCGUCCCAAGGCGGCACCCCCGAGCCUGACGCUGCUCCCCCCUCCCUCAGCCUCAUGGAAACUGUCCCAGCGGCUUCAGAGCCCAGUGGAGACCUGGGUAGUAAUAGCAGGGGCAGGAGAUGCAGCCACCGGGGCAUGCAGAGGAGGAGGGAGGACGACCGGUCCCUGAGGCACAUCCCGCUGAGCGAGGUUAAGGUUCCACAGCCCAGGUUUGAUCUAGCGACCUCCAACUUCCCUCCACUGCCGGGGUGUGUGGUCAGCGUGCAGGGAGAGCACUUAUUGGAGACGCGCAUGUCUGAUGUGGUACGUGGCCUCAAGGUGGUUACUAAUGACAAGCCUGAGGUGAAGGAGUGUGUAACCUACCCUACUAGUGACAAGGGCGAGCCAGUGAGCAUGCCCAGUCCUGUCGCCUCUGUCUUGGUGGAGCCCCCCGUUUUAAGUGUUUCUCUUCCAGUGAAGAAAGUGGAAAAGCCGGAGUUGAAUGUCCAAAUGGAGACUGCCCCAACCCACCAGAUACAGCCCCCCACUGCUGUCAAACCUGCCCCUACCCCCACCAGCAGCCUGGCAACACUAGCCACCACUACUUCCUCAUCAACAGAGCCAAGGAAGCUAAGCUAUGCAGAGAUGUGCAAGCGGCCAGCCACCCAGCUCCCAGCGCCCAGUAACCCCUCCAGCCCUCCCACCUCGGCCAGCCAACCGCUGCGGGAACUGCGGGGCAACAAAGCCGAUGAGCCCGCCUCCUCCAGCCGUAAUAUGGAUGGGCCAGAGAAACCAGAGGGGUCUGGUGAAGGUCGGCCUCAGCGUGACCCUCGGAGUUCAUUUCGUGGAGGCAGCGGCCCUCCCAGACCUGGAGGGAUGGGCCUGAAGUCCCAGCGUCAGCAGAGAGGUGCCACUGUGAGCCGACGAAUUUCCCCCCAGGGCAGAGUGAGAUGGAGUGGGAAGGAACAGAAUAUCCCCCCAUCAAUUGCCAAAGUAGUUUAUACAGACUAACAGAAAGACAACAUAUCUAUAUACUUGUGUAUGUACAAAAUAUAUCGUGUUGGAUGGAAGAACCAUUGCUUUCUUAAUCUAGAAGACCUCCCCUGAGUUUCAGUUGGAAAAUCAACCCUUUGUUUGAGGAAAAACUGCAAGUGGUCAUCAUUACAAGUGGAGGGGGCUGACAUGAUUACAUGUCGCCUUUCCUCGGUUACAUUGAAUGAGCCGCUGUUAAAACUGGGAUUUGAUAACAAUUGUUAGUCAAAGUGAGGUUUGGAGAUGGUGUACAGGUUCUCUAUUACACUGGUAGUUCCAUGUAAAGAGAAACAAAAAUUAGCUUUUGGUUAGCAGCGAGGUGGGUAUUCACCUCUGACAUGGCUGAGCUGAUAUAUCUUAGGACUUCUUGUUGGAGGAGUUGGCAAGGAAUGGUUAGCGAAGUAUCAUUCAUGAACUGUCUGGAAGGGUAUUUACGAUGUUUAGAAAUGAAUGGGACGUGACUUCGAAAAAGGAUCAGUAUGUUUUCAACUGUUCUAAAAAAUUGGAUGGCAUUUAGAAACCUGUCAAGCUAUUCUUUCAUUUUGAUGAAAAAUCUGUAUUUGAUGUCUCCGCUAUGAGUAUGUGGAAAGAUUUUGUGGGCAGAAUCAGUUGGUGAAUAUGAAAUUCUUAGAAUCAAUGCAUUGCAGAUGGAAUAUUACCUUCCAUGCAGCCUUGCAUGAAUCGCUUUUUUUUGUGGUAGAUGAGCUGUCUGAUUAAAAUGUAUUUUCCACUUUCAUAUCAAUACAAAUGGUUACAUCUUUGGCUGUGUAUAUUGACCAUAUGUUUGAAUGGGUUUUGGCCCUAAUUCUGCCUGCCUGUCAAUCCAUGGUCAAGUCCAGUAGGCACUAAGCAUAACAAAGCAAAGUGAAAUGUUAAGUGACUUUGGUUUCCAAAAAGAGCAGCUUGCUUUUGUUUUGAAUUUCAAAAUGUCUGUGAAGCAGGGGUUUUCAAAUGUAAAUAUAUUUUUAUAGGCCUAUUAGGCCCAGGUAGUGAUGAAUCCAGUGUACUUUUAAAAGAAUGUACCCCAAACCCAGAUAUGUGUACAUGUUAGGCAUUUCAGGAAUUGUACAGUAUUAUACAUGCAGAUCCCAAAAUAGGGGUCACCUGAUUUGAAAAUGGGGUUGUAGUGAAAUUGGAAAGAUAUAGCACUUAGAACAUGAGUUGUAACAUUUGGUAGCUGUGAAAUGCAGCUGUAUUGAAUGGAGACAGUUUUUCUUCCUGUAAAUAUGUCUAGAACUUCCUUAAAAAAUGUAAACUACAGAAUCACCCCAUUUCUGAUAAACAACACUGAUUCUGUCUUAUUUCUUUCACAACCCUUUAGAACAGAAUGGAAAGGACUAGACAUUAAACCAGUGUGAAUGAGAAGUCUAAGAAUGUUUAUUUCCACAGAGAUGAUGGUACAUAAAGCUUGCCUGAUGCAUUUUAAACUUUAGAUGUAAACAUUAGUUUAAGAAAGGUCUGUCAACUAAUUUAGAAGGGAAACUUGAGCUGUUGAAUACAUUACUUUUUGAAUGAUGUCAGCAUUUUUUUUCUCAAACGACAGUCACUGGCCCAAAAUGUUUGGGGAACCCCUAACAAUAUCCAUAUAAAAACAAGCAAUUGUAAUUUUUUGGCUUACAAAGAUGCCGAAGUUGUAUAAAUCUUUACAAUUGUUUUAUAAACUGUGAUCCAAUGCCGCAUACCUGCAAAAAGCCUUUCUUUUUAUGGCUUGUUGGAAUAGGCAGUCUUUGUGAUCAAAUGGAAACCCUUCCAGUCUAGAAGUCUACUCAUUUUAACAUGCUAUUUUAUUGUGCAGUAGAUGGUCUCUAUUCAUAGAGUAGCAAUACAUGGCACUGUACCAUUGGUGCCAUAUAUUCCAGCUUGCUCAUUUAUUAUGCUAAAAAUACAUCUGAACUCUGAAGGCCAGUAAACCGACUUUAUUCUCUAAUUAGAGCUAAUUAGUUGUAAUUGUAUUUAUUUGUAUUUAUUUUCCUUCCUGCCAAUGUCCUGCUUUUCAGUUUUUUGCCAUUUGAGUUGAUAACAUGCUGUGUAAUGCAUCUGUACUCCAGUGAGAUGACUGGUGUGGCCUUAGUGCUUGUACAGAGGAGCUUGUUGUUUGGGGAACUUUUUUCAGUGUUGUCACUGAACCAUUGAGCAGAGAUUCUGAAGGAUGAUAAUGAUGACACGAUGGUGGUAAUUUCCAGAUUAGAUGGAGGGAAGUUCAGGUGUCGGGGAUAUUUGAUGUUUUUGAUUCUGCUGUGGCUAAAUCAUAGGAUUAAACUGACCCUUUUCAUGUUUUUUUAUUUUCAUCCAUUGAGGUUUUGAUGUGAAACUCAAACUGUAAAUCUAUUUCCUCAAUGCUCUUAUGAACAUGAAUGGAUUCAACACCAUCUUGAUAAAAGACAAGCAACCAAAAAUACUAUCUAAGAAACUUGCUAUAGUGUACGGUUUCUUGACUACGUCUUGUAUUUCUUACCCUCCUAGUUUUAGAUGACAAUUGUCAGUUAUCUUAAAAUGCUUCCUGUUUCUCAUUUCAUUAGUUCACGAUAUUACAGCGCCACAAAGUUAUUUUUAAACCCAUUUCUAUAGUAAUUUUAAUCACAGCACUAACGUAACAUACCUUAAAUUACAGUAUUUAAAAAGUAUAUAAUUAGCGUAAAACCAAAUUGUUAUAACUAUGUAACUGAGUUUGACUGGUGGCUUUAUUUUGAGUAAAACUAAUUUGAUGGGUCUGUUAUAGCUUGAUGACGUUGAAUGUUCUAAUACAGUAGAUUUUGCGACUGUCAGGCUAAUCAUUGUUCUGGAUUGUGUUAAAGAUGAAAAUGUGUAGCAGUUUUCUCUUUCAUGCUAUAUUAGUGAGGAGUAUUGCAGUUAAAAUUUUAUAUACACAAUGGUUUUGGUACAUAUCCAGGCCCUUAACUUUUUUAUUUUUACCCGAUUUCCUAGUCUCUAUUAUAUGAUGCUCCCAAAUCCUUCCUUCAGUGAAGGGAUGGUAUUAGCUAGGCGAUGAGGGGUACCUUGUUUUCACCAGACCUAGUUUUUCAGGCUUAAUAGUUCAGUAUGGUUUUUUCAGACCAAAUCUUAUUUUGUUAUGCUCGGAGUCCUUCAAUUGGCAUGUCAUUUACCUUUUAGUCAGUAGUAGCUGGCCAGUAGUUCUGUCUUGCCAAUGUAUCAUAAAGGCCUGAUUUAAUGGAGUACUGUAGAGACGUCCGGGCAGGUUCUCACAUCUCUGCAGAGGAACCCUGUUAGUGGCCAUUGGGUUCUUGGUAAUCUACAAUUAGUUGAAUUUACCAAAGGUGGAUUCUAAGCGUUAGAGACUUCAUUAACUAUUAUUAAUUCAGUCUAUAACAGAAUGUGGCUUAUGUGAAGGAAUCUGAAUACUUUCCAAAUGCCACCGUAUAAAAUGUGUAUUUUGUGUUAGGUUUAAAUUGUUUUCCAAAAUUGUGUAAUAGUUUUGUACUAAUUUGAGACUUGUCUAAAGUGAAAAUACAUUGAAAUGUCUGGGUGCUAGUACAUUGACAUAGCAUAUUUCAUCACAAGGCAUAUUUUCUGUUUUAUAUUUUAGAUCUAAUGGCUAUACUAAGAGCAGCUACUGGUGUUGUGGAAUGAAAUGCACUAACCUUUGGUUUUCAAAAUCUGAUUGCUCUAAAAAAUUUUGACCCUGCUUGCUGUUAUCACUGUAGAAAGGGUUUAUUUUUCUCCAAUUUUCUUUUUAUUAAUUCUAGACUGGGAGAUGCUUGUUGGCAGUAGAGGUGGGACCUGGUAAUGGAUGAUUGGGGUUUGAGAUCCAUAACUUAAUGAUUAAUAGAUGUCUGAACAAAGUUUGUUGAUGAAAAUAAAGUAACUUUGUUUUGGCCUUGA